GGCAGUUGGGUGACGUCAUCCUAGGUUUCCUCAUCGUUUUGGGAGUCGAGUCUACAGAUAACUUGGCCGCAAAGAUGUCGUACGCGUACCUUUUCAAGUACAUCAUUAUAGGCGAUACAGGUGUGGGAAAAUCCUGCCUACUGUUGCAGUUCACAGACAAACGUUUCCAGCCUGUUCAUGAUCUCACAAUAGGUGUCGAGUUUGGUGCUCGGAUGAUCACGAUUGACGGCAAGCAGAUCAAGCUACAGAUCUGGGAUACGGCUGGGCAAGAGUCAUUCCGAUCCAUCACACGGUCAUACUACCGCGGCGCGGCGGGCGCUCUUCUCGUCUAUGACAUUACAAGGCGGGACACGUUCAACCACUUGACAACCUGGCUGGAGGAUGCCCGCCAACACUCCAACUCCAACAUGGUCAUCAUGCUCAUCGGCAACAAGAGUGACCUGGAGAGCAGACGCGAGGUUAAGAAGGAAGAGGGCGAGGCUUUUGCACGGGAACACGGGCUGAUCUUCAUGGAAACUUCUGCUAAAACUGCUGCCAAUGUAGAGGAGGCUUUCAUCAACACAGCCAAGGAGAUCUACGAGAAGAUACAGGAAGGUGUCUUUGAUAUCAACAAUGAGGCCAAUGGGAUCAAGAUUGGACCACAACAUUCCCCAUCAAACCCAGCCCUGGGUGGGGGCGGCGGUGCAGGAGGCAGCCAACCCGGCGGUGGCUGCUGCUAAAAACUCACGAUCAUGCCCCUCCCCUCUGCCAUCAUGCCUCCCCCCUAAAAGUGUAUGGUACAAUCCAAUCAGCAUAUUCAAAUAUCCCUGUAGAAUUUCCAUUGCAUCCGUUUUAUCUCCUGUAUGUAUGAUAUACUAGUAAUCUGAUGUGACCUCUACUCUCAGUAACAAGAGAAGUUACUGCAAGGCAUCAUGUUGUUGCAGUGAACAUCAUACACCAGACUAUCAAAUGUUGUAGUUUAACCAAGGCGAUACAUGGAAGAUAGAAAAGAUAGUCUUGCUAAAAAAAACAACUACAUAUUAACAGGAAAAUAUGAUAAUUUACAGUAUUUAAAACCUGGUGAAUUCCCAAAGCUGCACUUUCCUUCUGAGUAGGUUCUCCUGGGAAUGGAUCUUAUAGCUGUCUAGUCUUAUUCUUACACUUUAAGGAAACAAAGUUUAAGUAAGGAUAGCAUACUUGAAUUUUCUCUUGAUAUUACCCUAUCCUAACCUUUUUAUCUAAUGCAAACAUGGGUGGAAAUGUAGACUGGUGGUGAGAUAUGAACAAAGCUAUUCCUAAUCUUAGGUAACUUGUAUCUGUGGGGACCUUUUCAGCCUGUGUGGGAUUUUGGAUGGAUCAACACUCAGCAUGUACUUGUAUAUGUUGAAGGUUGUCCUUUCUGGAUAACUGGAGUCUCUGUAGGUCAAAGCUGAGGAAAAUAUGGAAAUAAGAUUACCAUGGUAACCUCUUCCUGAGAAGAUUGUAGAUUUUGUGCAAGGUAUUAGAGGUGGGAAGUAUGUUUAUGGCAGGAUCUUUAUUGUAAGUUAAACUAUGUAGUAUGUACUUGGCAUGAAAUAAUGAAGGGAUUCUUUCCAGGAAACAAUCUAUGCUGUUUGUUUGUCUUAUUGGGUUAGAAAGUCAUGUUAUACAGAUAUUUGUAUGAAUGUGAGUACAGUCUGCUUUUUUGCGGUAGAGAAACUUCCUAUCAGUGGUUCCCGUAACCCUGUAAUUUUAUGUAAUACUAUAUCAAAAAUCUUAUCAGUACCAUGUAAAUCAACUAAUAUUAUAUUAUAUAUGUAUAAAUGAUAUGUGAACGUGGAUGAACUAUCAUUGGCAGAGGUAGCUGGUAGAUCAGCAACUAUACAGGCUUUUCAUUAACUUUGUAGUGAUUAUAGUUUGAAUCCACCAGUGACCAUAUUGGAAUAUGGCAGGAACAUGGUAGCAUGUGCAUACAAUUUUCCCCAACAUGGUGCAGUGAUGUUAUGCGAAAAGCCUGUAUUCUUAACUUGUACGAAGCCAACUGCACUUAUACUUGUUUAUUGCUGUAAUAGAAGAGUUGUUUACUUUAAGUGGUCUCUUUAUCUAGUUAGGUUUCUAUGUGCUUGUAGACUUGUAGUUCACCCGCAGAACUUCUCUCAACCUUUAUGCCAAAACUUUUGAGAUUUGCAGAUGUAUGGACACAGGUGUUCAGAAGUGGGGACUGGGGUCGCAUUUUCAUGCUGAAACCAUAAGUGUAUGUUAGGUAGAAAGAAAGGUGUCA